AUGAUGCCAGUCAGAAACCGAACAGAUAUUUCAGAAUUCCUUCUCUUGGGAUUGACAGAUGAUCCAGAACUGCAGCCUCUCCUCUUCUGCCUUUUCCUGUCCAUGUACGUUGUCACCAUCCUGGGAAACCUGCUGAUAAUCCUGGCUGUCCUUUCUGACUCCCAUCUUCAUACCCCCAUGUACUUCUUUCUUUACAAUCUGUCUCUUACUGACAUAUGUUUAAGCACAGCCACAAUUCCAAAGAUGCUGUUGGACAUUCAAGCAAAGAAUCAGGGCAUCAGUUACGUAGGUUGCCUCAGCCAGCUCUGCUUUGUCUUGAUUUUUGUAGUUUUGGAAAAUUGCCUCCUUGUAGCAAUGGCCUUUGACCGCUAUGUGGCCAUUUGUCACCCCCUGAUGUACAAAAUCAUCAUGAACCCCCGCCUCUGUGGACUGUUGAUUCUACUCUCCUUGAGCAUUAGUAUUGGGGAUGCCCUGCUCCACACUCUGAUGGCUUUGCAGCUGUCCUUCUGCACAGACUUGGAAAUCCCCCACUUCUUCUGUGAACUUGCUCAGGUCGUCAAGCUUGCCUGUUCUGAUUCCUUUAUAAAUACCCUCCUGGCUAAUUUUAUGGCUAGUGUAUUGAGUGGUAUUUCUCUCUCUGUGAUCAUUUUCUCUUAUAUUCAAAUCAUCUCUUCUCUUUUGCAAAUGACAACAGUUGGCAGAAAAUAUAAAGCCUUUUCCACCUGUGGAUCUCAUCUCUUAGUUGUGACUUUAUUCUAUGGUACAGGAUUAGGGGUGUACAUUAGUUCUGCAGUUAUCGUCUCUUCCAGGAGGACUGCAGUGGCUUCAGUGAUGUACACUGUGGUUCCUCAAAUGUUGAACCCCUUCAUCUACAGCCUGAGGAACAGGGACAUGAAGGGAGCCUUGAGAAAAAUAAUCAGUAGGAUAACUUUUCUUUAA